AUGACCUCUUACGAUGAAGAAUUUACAAAAGAAUGUGACUUUGUUAUGGACAUGUUCAGGGAGAGAGGAUAUCCAGACAUUUUAAUUCAUGAGACCAUUCAGGUAGUUGUCCUUGGUAGAAAGGGGAGAUUUGCACCUAUUUUGGGUCAGGACCAUCUUGUUUUAUCUGACACAGUAGUUAAUGAUAACACUUUAAGCAAUUGGGAGCAGGCAUACAUAAUGGACUAUACUGGUGGCUCGGGUGUAAUUAAACAAAUUGUCAAAAGGGAAUGGGAUAGAUUUAGACAGAUCUCUGAUCUAGAUUUGGUUCACAGUCAACCCUUAAAAUUCACUUACAGAAAGGAUUUGAAUUUUAAGCAACUAUUUGAGUGUGGUGGUGGCCCAAAAGUAGGAGUGGCUGGUUAUGUGAAGAAGCAGGUGUACUUUACCUGUCUCCAUUAUGUACUAAGUACCAAUUUGCUUGGUGGUUUCUAUGUGGACAGUGCCAGAGUUCAGUCUCUUUCUGCACAGCACCUCUUCCAGCUAGGAAUAUAUUCUCGCUCUAAUCACCGUCUUUUUUUUUUCUUUCUUGCUUUAGCUGCACUUCAGGUGAACAUCACACCUGUCCAGGGGGAAUUUAGUGUCGAUGAAUCCAAGUUUUUUGAGUGUCAUGUAACGGGUGAACCACAGGAUAUUUCAUGGUACUCUCCCAGUGGGGAAAAGAUUGCACCAAACCAGCCACGGCUCUCUGUGCUACGAAAUGAUGAGACCUCAUCUUUAUCCACGCUGACAAUCUACAGUGCUAAAAUUGAUGAUGCUGGUAUUUACAAGUGUGUGGCCAGUGCUGCGGAUGGCACUGAAUACGAGGCCACUGUCAGUGUGAAAAUCUUCCAAAAAUUGACAUUUAAGGAGGCACCAUCUCCUCAAGAGUUUAAAGAGGGUGAUGAUGCAGUCAUCAUUUGUGAUGUCAUCAGCUCCCCACCACCUUCUGUUUUCUGGAAACACAAAGGGAAAGACAUCAUCCUUAAGAAAGAUGCUCGAUUUGUUGUUCUGUCAAACAAUUUUCUGCAGAUCCAAAAUGUUAAGAAGACAGAUGAAGGCAUUUACAGAUGUGAAGGCAGGGUCCUUGCUCGUGGAGAGAUCAGCUUCAGGGACAUUGCUAUCUCUGUAAAUGUUCCUCCAUCAAUCCGUGCAAGAGUGACCGAUGUGAAUGUCACAGCAGAUCUUGCCAACUCCGUAACAUUAGCUUGUGAUGCAGAGGGUUAUCCAGAGCCGCAAGUCUACUGGACAAAGGAUGACGAUGAGAUUGAAGCUAAGGACAACAAGUACAGUUUCAACUCGGAGAAGAAUGAGAUGACAGUUCACAAUAUCGGGAAGGAGGAUGAUGGGGAAUAUUCUUGUUUUGCCGAGAACAAGGCUGGAGAUGCUGAAGCAAAAAUCACUGUUAAAGUUUUUGUAAAGCCUUCCAUUACAUAUGUAGAGAACAAGACGGCUAUGGAGCUUGAUGAUCAGAUCACCUUGACGUGUGAGGCUUCAGGAGAUCCAACACCAAGUAUCACAUGGAGAACAGCAACCAGGGUGUUCAAGGAGGGAGACCAGCAGGCCUCAUGGACUCGACCCGAGAAGUACGAGACGUUAGAUGGACGAAUUGCUGUUCGUGGUCAUGCAAGGGUAUCUUCCGUCACUCUGAAGGAUGUCCAGUAUACAGACAGUGGAGAGUACAUCUGCACAGCCACAAAUCCUGUUGGACAUGACUCCAAAUCCAUGUUUCUGGAAGUAGAGUACACUCCCAAGAUAUUGGGCUCUGUAGCAGUUUACACAUGGGAAGGGAAUACAGUGAACAUCACCUGUCAGGUGUUUGCAUUCCCAAAAGCAUCCAUCAGUUGGUUUCGGGAUGGCGAACCACUGCCAAGUAAAAAUUACAGCAAUGUCAAGCUCUAUAACACACCUACUGCUAGCUACUUGGAGGUUACCCCAGAUUCAGAAAAUGACUUUGGUACCUACAACUGUAGUGCAACAAACCGAGUUGGCCAGGAAUCCAAGGAAUUUAUUCUUGUCCAGGCUGAUACUCCAUCUGCUCCUAUCAUCAACAAUGUAACACCAUACUCCAGCAGUGCAAAACUGGAAUUUGAAGAACCCGAAGCCACAGGAGGUGUUCCUAUCUUAAAAUACCUUGCAGAGUGGAAGGUUCCUGGUGCUGAUUCCUGGUCUGUGCUGAAGUAUGAUGCCAGAGAUGUGAGCUACGAUAAUGCAAUUACAGUUUCUGGACUGAAGCCAGAGACCACCUACAAAAUUAGAUUGUCCGCCAUCAACGGCAAAGGGCAAGGAGAGACCAGUAAUCUUGUGGAUUUCAAGACUGAGCCAGUCCCAACAGAAUCUCCUACCAAAUUUGAAACCACAGAGUUAAGUAAAGGAGAACCAAGUGCACCUAAGGUUGACGGUCAGGUUCAAGACCAUGGCAACAUAUUCAGGGUGAACUGGAUCAAACAAGAUGAUGGUGGAUCACCAAUCAAGCACUUCUUAGUCAGAUAUAAGGCUAGAAAUGCAUCUGAAUGGAAACCAGAGAUGAAGAUCCCAGCUGAAAGUGAUUAUGCCAUCCUUAGCGGACUGGACUGGAGUGCAGAAUAUGAAGUUUACGUGAUGGCAGAAAACCAUCAAGGGAAGUCUCAGCCUGGAUUCUUAGUCUUUAGAACUGCCUCUGAACCUACUGCUAUACCAGCAGAUACUGAUGCAGGUGCCGGACUGGGAGUCGGUGCAAUUGCUGGAAUUUUGAUUGUAAUCUUUGUCUUACUCCUGGUUAUUGUGGACGUUACAUGCUACUUCCUCAACAAGUGUGGGCUGCUCAUGUGCAUUGCAGUGAACCUGUGCGGAAAAUCUGGACCAGGUGCCAAGGGUAAAGACAUCGAGGAAGGAAAGGCAGCAUUCUCGAAAGAUGAAUCGAAAGAACCAAUUGUAGAGGUUCGGACUGAAGAAGAACGAACGCCAAAUCAUGAUGGGGGAAUUCAGACAGAACCUAAUGAGACAACUCCACUAACAGAACCAGAGCAUCCUUCUGAUACCACAGCUACUGUUGAGGAUGCUCUCCCAUCUGCUACUACGGUCACAACUAACUCUGAAGCUGUUACUGAAACCUUUGCUACUGCUCAAAACAGUCCCACCAGUGAGACCACCACUCUGUCCUCCAGCAUUGCCCCUGCAGCUCAUGAGUCCAAUUCAAUUCCAGCUCCUCAGGUCAGCUCACCCAAAGCAGCAGCAGCAGUUUCUGCUCCUUCAAAACAAGCCGCAUCUGCCUCAGAAACAGCAGCCAAGGAUGGUCCCCUAGUGGAUCUGAGUGACACCCCAGCUACUACUUACAGCCCAGCUUCAAAUGUUUUAACUGGUUUAAGCCAGAGCCCCACCACUGCUGCCACUGCAACUGAGGCUUCCAAGGCCCCUGUCAACAGUAAGCCUGCUGCUACCACCCAACCAGCAUCAGACCCCAAGCAAACUAAGCGAGAUGAGCCGAGCACCAAAAGUCCAGAAAAGGAGACUGAGAAGCCCACUGCAGCGAAGAGCCAAACAGAAGCCGUUAAGAAUCCAGCCAGUCCGAAGACCGAGGCUGCCUCGGACAGCAGCACAAAUCCCUCCCAGGGCGAGGACUUUCAAAUGGACGGUGGGACCUUCAAGACAUCAGACAUUGACCUUGCAAAGGAUGUUUUUGCGGCUCUUGGCACUACUGCUCCUGCCUCUGUGGCUAGUGGUCAGGCUGCUGAGCCUGCUUCUUCCGCUACAGAUGUCACUGUUUCACCUGCUCCAGCGAAGAACGAGAAGACCCAGAUAGAAGAAAACUCUAAACCAGAGGAGAAGCCUAAGGCAGAGGAAAACUGUAAGCCAGAAGAAUCAGAAACUAAAACACUUCCAGCAGAAGUCAAGACGGUCCCCAAUGAAGCCACACAGAAAAAUGAAAACGAGAGCAAAGCAUGAUCAAUCGGCCGAAAAUGAGAACAGAAAACAACUUCACCCAAGCAUUUAAAAUGAAGAAACACGUUUCAUUCCUUCAGUGUCUUGUAUUAUUUUUUAAAAAUAAAUAUGUUCUCCUGUUUGUAGAUUUGUAGAAGGGAAUGAGUUGUGCACUUGCAUUUUAUUUUAUUUUGUUUUUUUGUUUUGUUCAGGAAAGCUGUAAUUCUGAAUAAAAACAUACCCAGAGACAGAUUGGUACAAUAUAUUGCAGUGUAAUUAACAAAGUUAUAGUUAAAUAUGUGCUUGCUUUAACAUUGUUAUGUUUACUCCUCCCCCAUUCACAGUUGCUAGAUAUAGCAGCAGCAACAUGGAUGCAAUUUAAGGUAUGGCACAGCAGCUCAGUAAGUCCCCACAGUUUACAUACGUAGAUUUCUGGCUAUACAAAGGGAAAGCAAUCUUUUUUUUUUAGCUGUUGCAUAGCAAAAAUAGCUCUGAAUUCCUUAUUUAGGGAAUUAUAUUGUAUUGGUUCUGGGUAUAAUUUGUUUACCCUCUGUUUAUUUUUUAUUUUUUUUUUUUUGCUGUUUCUGUUUAUAUGUUAUUAUUGAAAAAAAUGAAGGUUUUUUUAAAGUGCCUUUUAUGAGGCAUAUGUUCUGUGUGCAGUAUUCAUCAUUUUUUGCCAACUUUUUUCGUUAGGGUUAAAAUACUCGGCUGUUGCUGGGUUGUAUGUUUUGUGUAAAAGUGUUGCGUUUGUUUUUGUUUCUUAGGAAGCAAGUUACACUUGUGCUGAUUUGUAAAAAAAAAAAAAAUACAUAGAUGUUUACAUAAAUUGUGGCCCUGUCUCCUUUUUCAGUAGUAGUUUCUUGUUGAACAUGAAAGGGGGGGACUUUGGCUGACUGAUGCAGUUGGGUAGGACUGCACGUUAACCAGCAGCCUACAGUGUAUUUUGUGUAUUUCUUAGGAGAUUUCUCCCCUUUGUAGCUUCCAUGCUCAUUAGUUUUCACAGAUUUAAGACAAGGCUGGUGUAGACCAAGUAUAAAAAUUGUUAUGCCAGAAAUAUUAGGUAGGGGGAGUACAUAAAAAUUAAUUAAUUUGAAAGUCAUUUGGGGGAGGGGUGUUAAAGGGAAUAGAUAUUUCCUGUGACUCAUUAGCACUGUUUCAUCUCACAGAAGUAUCUGAUUAAUGGUCUUUUAUUAUUUUUAUAUAUAUUUUUUCAUGUUUAUUGUCAGUUCUUGGAUUGCUUUUUUAUGACUUUGUAUAAUUGUCUACAGGACUUGCGCAAGGAAUUUAGAACUCAUUCUUCUUGAAAUCUACCCCUUUUUUGGGGGCAGAGGGGACCAGACCAUUGUAUAGAAAUGUUUCCUUUAUUUCCCCCAUUUUUCUCUAGAACUGCAAGCUUGUGCACCGUGAGUGCGUGAAUAUUCUAGUGUGAAAUGUGUUUUUGUCAUAGUAUUUGAAAUAAAACUUCAGCAUAGUUUGGUUGUGAAAGGUGUAGCAUAUAGUAAAACAGUUCAGGAAAAAAUAACUGUUGCGGGGAAUGAAGAAAAAAGGCCUCUGAGGAAAAACAGAUUAUGGCAGGUAUACUACUGUCAAGGUGUUUGCCUGUAAAAGUGAGGAAGCACCUCUUGUAGGAACUGCCGUUUAAGCCCUUUUACAUAGACGUUAUCAGGGAUGUUGGUUCGCUGUGUACUUUCACAAUAUUAAUUAUGCAGUCUCAGCUUGGUAAUGAUGGCAUUGCUAGUUUUGUAAGUUUAAACUGUGAAAAUACUGGUCUUGUCAUUUGCUAAGUGUGUGUUUUUUUCACCUACUCAGAUCUCGGGGAUGGAAAUGGAGGGUAGGUCAUAUUUAAUAGGUAGGCACCCUUGUUUAUUAAGGGCUUCAUGUUACUUUGAGCAUCUUAGCCAUAGAUACAGUGGACUGGGCAAAUAAAUGUACAAUCUGUAACUUGUAAGUAAAAGAAAAAGGAUAUGCAGAAGAGUUAGCUGUUAAGAGUGGUACAAGUGAUAAUUCCUCAAAUAUAAAAAGGGACUGUUUUUGCCAUGUAUUGCAAGAGUUAAGGUGGAUUUUAUUUACCUAUAUAGUAAUUUGCCCCAUGCAUUCUGGGGCAUACCUUUGUAAUGGUAUAUGAGGAAGCAAAGAAACAUUUUAUUUACUGGGUUAUUUAAAAUACAAUAAAUUAAGAACAGUGAAAAUGUCAUUCGUCUUAGCAACACAUUUGUAGCAUGAAACUAUGUUUUAUAGAUAAAAACACAGAAGGAAUCAAAAGUUAUGUUAGGUUGAAUUAUUUUGUGGCUCUACAGUGAACAAGCAUCUUAUUUUUGCACUGAAAUAUCCUUUGCAAGUUUUAUUCCUUUUAACAGCAGAGAGCCUUAUGUUACAUGUAAAUUUAAAGGAAAGAAAACAUUAUGCAUUUUCUCUGGAAAGCCCAUAAACAUAGUGGCAUCCAGAAUGUGAACUAAAGCCUUGUUGAUAUAGUUGACAGCUUGCCAUUUUGUGUAUGUGGGUUCAGAUUUGAAAUGUUUUUUUCUUGCUUUCCUUUGCUGACGGGGACCAAGUGUGUACAGUUUACUUGCUAUUUGUCUGUGUCUGAUGAACCAAUGAUGUUGUGCCAUGUAGUUAACCCUUCUCUUAUAAACUAAUGUUUACGUUCAGGCUUGACAAGGUAAAUGCUUUCAACAUAGAAGAUGUUCUGUCUGUUAGGGUUACAUAAGGAGUUGGCUGUACACUUUUUAUAUGGAGAAUACAGAGGUUGGAUGUCAUUCACAAGGCCCUUUUCGGACAGUCGUUCUACAGCCUCCAUUGACAUCCCUUCCCAGCAUUCCCUGUUAUAGGGGCCUUUCUCUCUUGUUAUAAGACUUUUUACCAAGUGAAACAUUGAUAUCACUUUUCUUUCCACUCUCACCGGUGUAAAUACUGAGUACUAACCAAGGAUUUUGACUUUGCAUUCUGUCAGAAUACUUGUGUUCAAUAAAAGUUACAAAGUACAUUGGA